CAACUAAUCCAACGCAUUGGUUCUUUUAUAAAUGGAAACCACCAAAACCCCACACGACACGAACCCUCCCGAAGUGGAAAGCCAAACUCCCUCCACCAGUGGAACAUAACAUCAACUGAAACUACUUUAAAACUAGCUUUGGUCUCUCUCUCUCUCUCUCUGUGUCCGUACAACCUAGAACUCUCCACAUGGAGGCAUUCCCCUCGACGUCAUCUUCUUCUUCCAAUCGCAAACGCGGUCUUGGAGGGUCUGCAUCUGCGUCUGCGAGCUGUUUGGUGGACGAUUGCACCGCGAAUCUCAGCGUCUGCAGAGAUUAUCACCGUCGCCAUCGAGUUUGCGAGUUUCACUCGAAAUCCCCAAUGGUUUCCAUUAAUGGUCGGUCCAUGCGAUUUUGCCAACAAUGUAGCCGUCCGGUACAGAAAAUGUUGGUGCAAGGACCGGUUUAAGAAACUAAAAUGGAUUGAUUUACAGUUUGUAUGUUUCAGUUUUUUAGGAUAGUUAUUAGUAGUGGUUUGUGGUUUUAUGUAACUUCUAUUAGCAGUUUUUUAUUUUGUUUUUAUAAAUACGUGUAUGGACAUAUGUGUAGAAAUGGAAUGAAGUGAUAUUUGCAGAGAAAUAGUUCUUGUUUUUAUGUCUUCCUUUAAUUCAAAGAAAGAGUGAAUUGAGAGAGAGAAACACUCUUUGAGAGGAAUUAAAAGGAAGAUAACAGUGGUAUCAGAGCGUUUUGAGGUCUUUCUGGGAUCUGUGGAUCGAACAUGGAUCAAUCUGAAAAUUCGGUGAAUUCGGCUUUAAACAUGGUUGCCCCGAUCUUCGACGGGGAAAACUAUGAGGUUUGGGCCGUCAGAAUGCAAGCGUUUAUGGAGGGUGCCGAUCUUUGGGAAGCUGUUGAGGAGGAUUACGACGUUCCUCCAUUACCGGUAAACCCGACGACAAACCAACUUAAGAAUCACAAAGAGAAAGUGAUGAGGAAGGCGAAGGCGAAAUCGUGCAUGUUUGCUGCAGUUUCUCCCUCAAUCAUGAUCAAGAUUAUGAAGCUUCAAUCGGCGAAAGGUAUGUGGGAAUUUCUGAAAAAGGAGUACGAAGGGGAUGAAAAAAUUCGAGGAUUGAAGGUUCUGAAUUUGCUGCGAGAAUUCGAACGACAGAAAAUGAAGGAAAACGAGUCUGUGAAAGAUUAUAUCGAUCGUCUUGUCGAUAUAAUCAACAAGGUAAGAAUUCUUGGCACCGAAGUUGAUGAUGUUAAGAUUGUGCAGAAAAUUCUGGUUUCUAUUCCGGAAAAGUUUGAAGCAACGGUGGCAUCUUUGGAGAACACUAAAGACAUGGCGAAAAUCAAAUUGUCAGAGGUUCUUUGUGCCCUUCAAGCGCAAGAACAAAGGAGGUUUAUGAGAAAGGAGGAGUCUAUGAGAAAGGAUGAAUCGGUGGAAGGUGCUCUAAUAGCAAAUGCAAAAAUAAAUUCUACAGGAAAUGAAAAAUUUGGUGAGCAAUCCAUUGAAUCGUGCAAGCAUUGUGGUAAGAAGGGUCAUCCACAUUGGAGAUGUUGGAAAAGACCCGAUGUUAAAUGCAGGAAAUGCAAUAAAAUGGGGCAUGUCGAGAAGAUUUGCAAAGAAAAGAAUACUGAAAAUGUUGAAAUUGAAGCGAACAAGGCUGAAGAAAGUGAAGUGGAACAACUCUUUUGAUUAACAUGGUUGAGAGACAUUGAACCAAGGAGGAGUGUUGGUUCUAUUGGUUCAAGUCCGGUACAGAAAAUGUUGGUGCAAGGACCGGUUUAAGAAACUAAAAUGGAUUGAUUUACAGUUUGUAUGUUUCAGUUUUUUAGGAUAGUUAUUAGUAGUGGUUUGUGGUUUUAUGUAACUUCUAUUAGCAGUUUUUUAUUUUGUUUUUAUAAAUACGUGUAUGGACAUAUGUGUAGAAAUGGAAUGAAGUGAUAUUUGCAGAGAAAUAGUUCUUGUUUUUA